AUGAAGUUUCUCGCCCAAGUCGCUCCCUUUAUCAUCUGUGCCAAUGCGCACUCCAUCCUUCAGCGGCUAGCCGUCAAUGGAGCCGACCAAGGCUGGCUGAAGGGCAUCCGCGCGCCCAUAAGCACCGAUCCCAUAGAGGACGUCAACGAUGCAGACUUUGCGUGCAAUAAGAACAUCGGACACGAAGAUGAAUACGUGGUCGCGGUGCCAGCCGGUGCCGGAGUUGGUGCUUGGUGGGCUCGUGGUAUCAACCGGCCUUUAUAUGCGGACAACGUCGAUCAACCAAUUGCUGCGAGCCACAAGGGCCCCAUCAUGGUGUACCUCGCCAAGGUCAACGACGCUGUUUCUGCCAACCAAAACCCCAAGGGCGCCCUGGACUGGUUCAAAAUCUCGCAAAAGGGCCUGAACUAUGGCGUCUGGGCUGUUGAUGAGCUGAUUGCGGACGGGGGGUGGUACAACUUUACUAUGCCACCUUGCGUGCCGCCCGGCCAGUAUCUCAUGAGAGUGGAGAUCCUCGCCCUACACAGCGCUUAUGCCCCUGGCGGAGCUCGGUUUUAUAUGGAAUGUGUACAGAUUCGAGUUCAAGGGGACGGUAAGAGAAAGCCUUCGUCACUGGUCAAGUUCCCGGGUGCCUACAGUGCGACAGACCCCAGCAUACUUGUCGAUAUCUACGAUGACAACGGCCAGCCUACCAAUCGGGGGAAACCAUACAAGAUACCCGGCCCUGAGAUGUUUUCUUGA